UCACCAAGCUGCAAUAUUCAAGCCUUGACAUUGCGAAGAUGGACGCUGUUAUGGUCUAGACAAGGAUACGUAGAAAGCACAAACUGCGCGUUUCAGACCUCUGUUAUGACAACAUUUCCAGCUCGUCAAGGUGGAGGCAGGAGGUGUGAGUAGAGUGCAGUAGACAUCAGCAGCAUGUAUUCUGAGUGGCGCUCGCUGCAGUUGGUGGUGCAGAGUGACCAGGGCCACCUCAGUGUCCUGCACACCUAUCCCACUACUGUGGGCACGGAGGUGGCAAAUGCUGUGGUCAAGCCUUUGGGUACAGCUGUAAGCCCUGUCGCCACAGAGAACAUCCUCAAGACAGAUAAGGAGGUGAAGUGGACCAUGGAGGUGCUGUGCUAUGGCCUAACCCUUCCCCUAGAGGGGGACACUGUCAAGCUGUGUGUGGAUGUGUACACAGACUGGAUGAUGGCCCUGGUGUCACCCAGAGACUCAAUGCCUCAGCCUGUAGUCAAGGAGCCUAAUAUGUAUGUCCAGACCAUCCUCAAACAUCUCUACAACGUCUUUGUACCAAGGCCCGAACAGCACAGUCUGAACCACAUCAGACUCUGCCAGCAGGUCCUGACUGCAGUCCAGAAAUUGGCACGAGAGUCUGUUUCCAUGGUGAGGGAAACCUGGGAGGUGCUGUUGCUCUUCCUUCUACGCAUCAACGACACAUUACUUGCCCCACCUACUGUUGGAGUCGGGGUGGCAGAGAAACUGGCAGAGAAACUGAUGGCAGUGCUGUUUGAGGUGUGGCUACUGGCAUGUGCCCGCUGCUUUCCCACGCCACCAUAUUGGAAGACAGCAAGGGAGAUGCUGGCCAACUGGAGACACCACCCUCCUGUUGUGGAGCAGUGGAGUAGAGUGGCCUGUGCCCUGACAUCCAGACUCUUGCGCUUCACCCACGGACCAUCCUUCCCACCUUUUAAAGUUCCUGAUGAAGAUGCUUGCCUGAUUCCUUUAGAGAUGGACAAUGACUGUGUGGCACAGACGUGGUAUCGUUUUCUCCACAUGCUUAGCAACCCAGUGGACCUAAGCAACCCUGCGAUAGUAAGCACCACUCCAAAGUUUCAGGAACAGUUUCUCAACUCCAGCGGUAUCCCUCAUGAAGUGGUGCUGCAUCCAUGUUUGAAGCAGUUACCCCAGAUCUUCUUCAGGGCCAUGAGGGGCAUCAGCUGCCUUGUCGAUGCCUUCUUAGGUGUCUCUGUUGAAAAGAGAGAUGUACGGGAGAGGGUGUUCACUUUUUCGUCAGCGCUGAUCUCUCAUGGUAUAUCACGUCCCAGAGCUGACAGUGCCCCGCCCACCCCAGUCAAUAGAAUGAGCAUGUCUCCGCCCCCCUCCAUCACCAACACCACGCCCCCUCACAGCCGCAAGCAACGACAUGCGGUGGUCACCAAAACCACAAGCAAGAGUUCAACUGGCAGCGCUAGUCAGCCAACCAAAGCAUCCCAGCAGCAACAGCAGCAGCAGCAAACGUCGUCUUCUCCGACCCUGCUUUCCAGCCCCAACCAGAGCAGCUGGGAGACUCGGCCCCUGCCGGCCCCUGCACGGCCAAAGGUCAACAGCAUCCUCAACCUGUUUGGCCAGUGGCUUUUUGAUGCCGCACUGGUCCACUGUAAGCUCCACAGCGGCCUCAGCAGAGACCCCAGCAUGACCGCGAUAGCUACUCAAGUAGGUCUGGAGCUGAGGAGGAAGGGGUCCCAAAUGUCUACCGACUCCAUGGUGUCCAAUCCCAUGUUCGACGCCAACGAGUUCCCAGAGAGCUACGAGGCAGGACGAGCUGAGGCCUGCGGGACUCUCUGCCGCAUCUUCUGUAGCAAGAAAACUGGAGAAGAUAUUCUGCCUGUGUACCUGUCAAGGUUCUACAUGGUCCUGAUUCAGGGUCUCCAGAUCUCCGAUUUCAUCUGCAGACCAGUUCUGGCGUCUAUCAUUCUCAACUCUUCCUCUCUCUUCUGUACUGACCUGAAGGGCAUCAAUGUGGUGGUGCCCUACUUCAUAGCUGCCCUGGAGACUAUUGUACCAGACAGGGAGCUGUCCAAAUUCAAGAUGUAUGUAAAUCCUACCGACUUGAGGAGAGCCUCCAUUAACAUCCUGCUUGCCAUGCUGCCUUUGCCGCAUCAUUUUGGCAACAUCAAAUCAGAGGUUCUGUUGGAAGGGAAGUUCAAUGAGGAGGAUGGGUGGCCUCAUGACCAGCCUGUGUCUUUCCUGUCUCUGAGGCUGCGCCUCGUCAAUGUCCUCAUAGGAGCACUUCAGACUGAGACUGACCCUACCAACACACAGCUCAUCCUGGGUGCGAUGCUAAAUAUUGUCCAAGACUCAGCACUGUUGGAGUCCAUAGGUGCACAGACUGAAACAGGGAGUAUAGACGGGAGUCACAUGACUGUGAGGAGUCAGAGUCACAGCCGUACCAACAGUGGCAUUAGUUUCACCAGCGGGGGAAGCACAGAGGCCACCAGCCCGGACUCUGAGCGUCCUGCCCAGGCCCUGCUCCGAGACUACGCUCUUCCAGAUACGGCGGCAGGCCUGCUGGUGCGCAGCAUCCACCUGGUCACUCAGAGACUCAACUCCCAGUGGAGGCAGGACAUGAGCAUUUCACUGGCUGCCCUGGAGCUGCUGGCUGGGCUUGCCAAGGUAAAGGUGGGAGUGGACUCUGCAGACCGUAAACGUGCCGUCAGCUCUAUAUGUGGGUACAUUGUGUACCAGUGUAGCCGUCCUGCUCCUCUUCAGUCCCGAGAUCUCCACUCCAUGAUUGUAGCUGCCUUCCAGUUUCUGUGUGUGUGGCUCACAGAACAUCCUGACAUGCUGGAUGAGAAGGAUUGUUUGGUGGAGGUGUUGGAAAUUGUGGAGCUGGGAAUCUCUGGCAGCAAGUCCAGACAGGAACAGGAAGUCCGACAUAAAGGGGAGAAAGAGCACAACCCAGCUUCAAUGAGGGUAAAGGACGCUGCUGAGGCGACUUUGUCCUGUAUCAUGCAGGUGUUGGGGGCCUUCCCUUCCCCCAGCGGGCCUGCCUCCACCUGCAGCCUGCUGAAUGAAGACACCCUGAUUCGCUACGCCAGACUCAGUGCCACAGGAGCCAGCAACUUCCGCUACUUUGUCCUGGAUAACUCAGUCAUCCUCGCUAUGCUGGAGCAACCUCUCGGCAAUGAGCAGAACCCCAGUCCAUCAGUGACAGUUUUGAUCCGAGGAACGGCUGGCAGACAUGCCUGGACCAUGCAGCUCUUCCAUCAACCCAGAGGAGCACGGGCCAAUCAGAGGCAGGUGUUUGUUCCAGAGGGCCGUCCAACGCCCAACAACGGUGUGGGUAUCAAAUACAAUGUCAAGCAGAGGCCCUUCCCCGAGGAGGUGGAUAAGAUUCCUCUCGUCAAGGCUGAUGUCAGCAUUCCUGACUUGGAUGACAUUGUCAGUAAAGAGGUGUGUUGUAUGGGCUGGCAGGAUGAUUCAAGAGCAACAAAUACACUGAUGAGUAAUUACCCACACCUGGAAGUUCAGCACGACAAUCUUCGUCUUCUGAUGACCAAGCAGAUAGAGUAUGAGAAUGCCUUGGAGCGGCACAGCGAGGAAAUCUGGAACUCCAAGCCUUACCCCGACCCACUGACAGACUGCAAACCCCCUCCACCCGCGCAGGAGUUCCAGACAGCACGCCUCUUCCUCUCUCACUUUGGCUUUCUGUCUCUGGAGGCGCUCAAGGAGCCCAACAACAGUCGUCUACCUCCUCAUCUGAUUGGCCUGGAGUCAUCCUUGCCAGGGUUUUUUGAUGACAUCAGCUACCUGGACCUGCUUCCCUGCCGACCAUUUGACACUGUCUUCAUUUUCUAUGUGAGGGCUGGACAGAAAAGCAGUCCUGAGAUUCUAAGGAACGUGGAGUCGUCGUCCAGCGUCCAGCCCCACUUUCUGGAAUUCCUGCUGUCCUUGGGCUGGCCUGUGGACGUGGGACGCCACCCAGGAUGGACAGGACACCUAGAUACCAGCUGGUCCCUCAACUCCUGUUCUGACAGCAAUGACAUACAACAAACAGAAGACGCAGCUACUCCCGAGGACACAGGAGGUUCAGUGUUCAACGGGGAGAAGAAAGUUUUAUACUACGCUGAUGCUCUGACAGAGAUUGCCUUCGUUGUUCCAUCUCUAACAGAAAAUUCUGAGGAGUCAUCAGUGCACAGUGACUCCACAGUGGAGGCGGACACCAACACAGACCUCAUGCCUGGUUUAAACAAACAACCCAAUCUCACACUGGAGCUGUUCCCCAACCACUCUGAAAACCUGGAGUCAGCCAAAAAGCUGAGUCCUUUGGUAAAGACAAAGAGGUCAUCGACUGGAAAGUCUUUCCCUCCACUGGGUCCUGAGACAAAGGUGUUUGUGGUCUGGGUGGAGCGCUUUGAUGAUAUAGAGAACUUCCCGUUGACCGAUCUCUUGGCGGAAACCAGCACGGGCUUGGAAGCUAGCAUGAGCAACAGCACUUCCUGCAGGUCAGGGUUACUAGAGAAGGAUGUUCCUAUGAUCUUCAUCCACCCUCUCAAGACGGGACUCUUCAGGAUCCGGCUGCAUGGAGCUGUGGGUAAAUUUGGUAUGGUGAUUCCCCUGGUGGACGGCAUGGUGGUCAGCCGCAGAGCACUAGGGUUUCUCGUGCGCCAAACUGUCAUCAAUGUGUGCCGACGGAAGCGUCUGGAAAGUGACUUGUACAACCCGCCUCACGUGAGGCGGAAGCAGAAAAUAACAGAGAUUGUCCAACGUUACCGCAACAAGCAACUGGAGCCUGAGUUCUACACCUCGCUCUUCCACGAGGUGGGGGAGGGAAAGCCUCACCUCUAACCCCCCUGCCCUGUCCUAACACUGGCUCACAAGCGCACACAACAACAACAACAACAACACACAAGCGCGCACGCACGCACGCGCGCACACACACACACACACACACACACACACACACACACACACACCCUCUCUCAUCCUAUACUCAUACACCAUUUACAACUGUGCGUGCAUACACACACACACUCACACACAGAAUCUUUAUAUUUAUACUGUACUGUUUUGUUAUUUAUAUGACUACAUAUAUCAACACUGUCUGCCUUUGACUCCGAGAGCAAAGUGUCAAAAACCAUGCCAAGGUGGAAAACGCUGCAUUUCUAUGUCGCAGCCACUCUGAAGAUCUGAAUGGCUGAAGCUCAACAGUGACUGUCUCUCCUCAUUUAGGUUCAUGCUUUGUGGCAAAAGAGUUUCUGCUUGUCAUUAACUGCAAUACAAUAGUUACACUGUUGGCCUUUCUGAAAUUGUAAAGUUUGUUCUUUAAACCCUGUGAUACGAGUGAAUUCCAUGAUGGUUUGGUAAUACAGAGUCGUGUCCAAAAUCCAGAUCUGCAUAUCUGUUUUUGUUUUAAUCAAACAGAUUUACAGUUGGAUUUUCGCCAAGGAGAUAAACAUGUAAGCGUUGUAAAAAAACAUUUUGUAAUAUACAUCGCUGCUGCUUCAAGGCAAGCAGCUUCGAGAGAACAAAGAAGUGAUCGACAGCAUUAACCCAUAAUCUAAUUUUCACAACAAAUUGCCAUCUACAUGCAGACACCUGCUAAAGUCUUCCUCGUGCAAACACACAUUCGGCCAUUACAGCAGCUGACUGAGCACACAGAUAUUGCUGUUUAUAUAUUUUUUAUUUUCUAGAUGAUUCCUACAUUGUUUUACUGUAUAUGGAUGCUGUCUCUGUGCCAGUCUGAAAGUCAUCCCAUCUCACAACAGCCACUGCACUGUUCAAGUGUGUGUGUGUGUGUGUGUCUGUGUGUGUGUGUCUGUGUGUCUGUGUGUGUGUGUAUACCUGGCCACAUGUAUACUUGUUCAGCCAGUCAAGUCAGUCCUUUACACUACAAGGAGUCACAGUGACUCCUAAAAAUCCCAUAUGUGGCAUUUAAAGACAAACUCUGUAACUUGAAAAACACAUCUCAAGAUAAUACAGUUUUGAAAAUUUUCUUGUCAAGACAUAACCCUAGAGCUGGUUUCUCUUAAAGGGAUAGUUCAGAUUUUUGAAGUGGGGUUUUAUAGGGUACUUGUCUCUGGACACUAUAUCACAAGCAGUAGUUGUCAGUUGGCACACCUCCAGUUUGGAGAAGCAGGCUGGAAUCCAAAAAGAUGCUAAGCAAUGCACUGCUGUAGAUGGGGUCCAGCAACAGAACGUAUUUCAAUCAUCUAAAAUAAGUCCCAGCUAAAAAGUAUCAAUAUGAGUUUAAGUGUACGCUCUAAUAAGAGUAUUUUAAUUGCUCUACCUUAAUGUCAAAAAGUGAUUUCCAUCAGGAAAAUGUUAAAUUGCUCUCUUAAAUACCAGACUCUAUUGAGAAAAACAGUGAACAUGGGAGCUGCUGGUCUUCCAUUGCUUUGAUCAGUUAGUUUGUUGGUUUUACUGUUUCACUUAUGCAUUGAAAAACAUUAGUUUGGAUUUACGAAGGUCACAAAUAACCAAAAUUUUACUAACUGACACAGCACUGGUAGACUAGAAGCUCUGGUGGUCAGCCAGAUAGAAUUAUUGUUUUCUUAAUGGAGGCUGGUGGCUUUGACAACAGCAUAGAACUGUUAACAGUUUUCCUGACAAAAUGGGCUUUUAGAUGGAAAGAAAAUACUCUAAAUAUAGCAUACACUUACACUGGUAUUGAUUGAUAUUUUUAGGUGAAACUUUUUUUUGGUGGCUAAUACAUGUUUUGUUGCUGGCCCCCAUCCACAGCCAACAUUGCUAAUCUUUUAUGUUGGACUCCAGGCUGCCUCUCCAAAAUGGGAGCAUGCUGCACAUCGAAAAAUCUGAACUAUCUCUUUAAUGCUUUGUAAGUUUUGACUUCAGUGAUAAUGAGAGCAGUUACAGAGCUCCUGGAGUUUGCACUUAAUGUUUGCAGGGCUAAUAUGGAAUGAACACAAAGACAUUUUAGGUUUGCCAAUACCAAACAGAUCUAUAGCACAGCUGAAGUGUCUUUCUUCUCAAAACAAACUCAUGGUGAUGCAUUUAAAGGCCAAAACACCUAAUGUAGCGAACAGCAGUAUAUACAGCUUGCAUUUUGGCUGAUCAAAGCUGUAGUUUUUGACCCAGAAAGAGAAUUAUUUAACUUGUUUGGAGAUCAGUUUGGGUAACAGAGAUGUGCAGUUUGCCUUCACACGUUUUAGUAACUUUUUUUUUUUGGCUUCACAUUUUGUUUCUUUUUUUGUUUACUCACUGUAGUUUUUGAUUCAAAGCCCUCUCACUGUCUGCCUGUAACAAUGUGAAUCUAUUUAUCACAGCAAUGGAACAGGGCAAACACCUCUUUGUUAUAUCGGAAAGUCUUAAUGCACUGAGCACGUUACGUUUAUUUUUUAUUCCCUUUGGUUACCUUACGUGUCCUUUUGUACUUUUGUGCAUUUUGAAAAGAAAAACCCUGCUGAAGGAAGAGUUUUAUCUUGUGAAAUAUGAAUGAAGGAGAGGCGUCGUGGAGUUUUUAACCUGUCAUGUCUAACUGUGUGACUCACUUUUUAUGACAGUGCUUUGUGCACAUUGCCUUUUUUUGAAAGGAAAAAGUACAUUAAAUAUGCUUCAAAGAAACUCCAUACAAUCAGUCAUACAUUGUAUCCUAUGUUACUCCUCUGAUGUUUGAUCAUAUUUAAAGAUUUGCCAUGUACAGAAGCGGAGGAUGAUAUGUAAAUAUAUGAUAGUGUAAGGCAUUUACAAGUUGUCUGUUGCAUUCCUCAUCAGAGAUGGCGAGGAAAGUUAUGUAUGUAUGCAAUUAUGUGUGGGAGCAUCACAAUGGGUAUUGAAUGUAACAUGCAUCGAUUAAAACUAUUAUUGACAUUUUAA